CACCACCACCACCACGUUUUUCUAACAUCCUCACCAUGCUUGAAGGCAAGGCAGUCAUCGGCGAGACUGACAUGCUUCAAACCAUGCAACAAGAUGCGCUUGAUUUAGCUGCGAAAGCACUGGACUCUUUUGAUGUCACUGAGGCCACUGAAAUAGCCCGCUUCAUAAAGAAGGAAUUUGAUAGGACAUAUGGAGUGGGUUGGCAAUGCAUAGUAGGGACCGAUUUCGGGUCAUUUGUGACACACUGCUAUGGCUGUUUCAUCUAUUUUUGCAUAGGUAGCCUUGCAAUCUUGCUCUUCAAGGGGUCAGCAGGACCAGAUGCUGAGGCAAAUCAAGUUCCAGCCUUAGAGGCGUUGAAAGCAUGAAGCUUCUCUUUUAUUUUUUUCUCUUGUUUCAUGUUUUACUUUUGUAGUUAGUGAAGUAGAGAGAAAAAUUCCAAGUUUCAAUGCCUGAACUCUUUGUUCUAACAUUCUGUACUCUUUGUAGAUACCAUUGGAAGUUGAGAGUUGCAAAGAUUA